CUAGGGUUAGAUUCUGCUCCAUCUGCUCUCAAAUUUGAGGAAUUUGCAACUUUGAAUUAGUUGAAUAUUUAAUUUUACGAGUAAUUAGUAAUUAUUGCCGCACCAGAAUCUAGGGUUUCUGUCGAUUCCAUGACAUUGAAGAGGUUCUGAUCAGUUAAAGCCUAAUGAUUCAUCUUCCGAUAUAGGUGAACAAGUGAAGAGCGAAAGAGGCUUGAGAUAGAAGCAGCAGCAGCUAGAGCAGUGGGUGUGGAGAAGACGUGAUGGUGGAACUAUGGUGGGGUCUAUUAGGGGCUGCCAUACCGGCUGUAAUUGCAGGGCAAGGGCUGAGGAUGAAGAGAAGGCGUGACGAGGAGCAGAGGCUGAAGAGUGCAAGAGGGAGGGAGAAGAGCUCCGACGACAUCUUUGUGUGUGAGAGGGUCUGUACAUCAAAGAGAAUGCUGAAGAAGGUGGGUGCUUUCUCCAAAGACCCAACUCCAGAUACCUGUGUUACUGUUUGCGGUGUUUCUGAGCUUGACGCCUGCACAGAUGCUUGUGCUCGCACUGUCUGCGUUAACCAACACCAAGUACCCGAUUGGAACGAUAUUUGCCUCCGGAGGUGCCAAAAUGAAUGCCUAAAGCUCUCCUCUUCUUCGUCUUCUUCUUCAUUGUCAUCUUGAUUAUACUUUUUCUCUCCUUCUCUUUGGUUAAUUAUUAUAAUAUGGCGCUAUAUCCAUUUUUGAAAUGAUUGAAAGAAGAAAUGUUUCUUUGUCUGGUAAAUUUCAUUGUGUGAUCCACAAGAUUGGAAAUGGAUAUUGACAUUUUUGUUGUUGUUUAAUGCUGUUGGGUUGAAUGGCUUUUUUCUCU